CAACUCAUCCGUCAAUGCCUCUUUCUCCAUCUCUAAAUUAAUCAUUGAUUGGUGAAAAUUGACUAUUGACUCUUCCUCAAGCUUGUAAAUCCAAAAUCCUAUAAAUUCUAGACGAAUUUACUGUGGGAUCAAGGGUUUUUCUAAUUUUUCUGACCCCUUUCAAACCCUAAGUUUUGUAGUAACUGCUGCUCUGAAUCUCGGUUCAUAUUCUGUGUUGACGUUGAACUCAAUUGGUUACUGGUGAUGGCGGCGGAGGAGGUUGAGUACGAGAGCGAUCCGGAGGAGGCGAAGUUGUCGUUGAAGAUGCGGCGGAGGGAGGCGAGCGACGACGAAGAAGAAGAGGCGGAGCAAGGGUGGAAACCGCCGCGGAGGAUUGAGUCGGACGGGGAAUCUGAAGGUGCGGCGGCGGAGUAUGAGGAGGAGUUGGACGAAGAAGAGGAGGAUUAUGAUUUGGAUGAGGAGGAGAUAGAGGGGGUAGCUGUUCAGUGUGAAGAAGGCGGUGGUGGAAGAGGUAAAGAUGUUGCGGAGGUGGUGGCGGUGGAGAGAGAGGAGAGUGGGAGUGAGAGGGAAAGAAAUUUUGAGGGAAAUGACGAUGCAGGUGAAAAUAAUGAUGGGGAUAAGAAUGCGGUUGAUGGGGAGCAUGAGGAAGAAAAGAAGGAAGUAGAGCCCUUCUCUGUGCCGACUGCGGGGGCAUUUUACAUGCACGAUGACCGAUUUCGAGACAAUGCUGGCGGGCGAAAUAGGAGAACCCUUGGAGGAAGGAAAUUGUGGGAGUCUCAAUCUCAAGAUGAUAGGAAAUGGGGGCACGAUAAGUUUGAAGAGCUGACUAUGCAGGAAAGGCAUCAUGGACAGGGUAGAAGGGGUGCUAGGGGACGCCAUAGGGGCCGCAAUAGAAAUAGAGCCACAGACCCUGGAUUUGCACAAGUAAACCGACCCAAAGAAUACAUUAAUAACAGCACAGAGAAUAAUAAUUAUCAGGGCAGUGCUCCCAAGGGUGUUAGGGGACGAGGGCCUCGAAGAUAUCAACCAUCCUUUAAGAACAACAAUGACUCUCCAGCUACACAAAACAAAUACCCUGGGAAAUCGGUUGAAAAGCAUUCCAAUGUCAGUUCUCGAAGGAGUAGUGAACCUGUAUCUAAUGCAAAACCUGAUGUAGUUCCUAGAAAACAAGUAGCCUCCAAUUUGAACAUUGCUUCCCCUCCAUUUUAUCCUACUGGUUCUUCCACAAAAGAUAACACUGCACCCCCUAAGAGGGAUGUCCAUGCUAGUACAGUUAAUCGUGGCCAGCAACCAGUGGUGGGUGAGAAGUUUACUAUGUCGCAGUCUACUGCUACUAUGCGAGGAAAAAAUAUAGUGGAUUCCAUUGGUCAACCUCAGUUAAGGGGCCAAGGAAGAGGACCAGCUUCCUUCACACAGAUGGUUUACCAACCAGUUGUCUCUAAUAACCAACAUAACAGGGUUCCACCGCCUAACCAGCAACAAAAUGCUCAGAGGAAUUCUGGUCAAAGUCGUGCUCAGUCUUCUCUGCAAGAUUCUUCCCAGCAGUUUACGCAACGUGUGCCUAGUAAUUCACAAGCAUUCUCUCCACCUAAAGCUGCUGGUGCUGUAAAUACAUCUGAAUCUGGGGAUGUUGAAUCUGCUUCAGAAUUAAAUCAGCCUAAGACAGCAUUGGUUGCUAAAGGAAAAGGGAGUGCUCCCGGCAGCACUAAGGGCUCGUUCCUAUAUGGUGGAGCUCAGGUUAUGGGAUCCUCUGCCAGUAUGGGCAGUGGCCCUGGUGAUCAAAACUUCCCAGCUUUCUUACCAGUCAUGCAAUUUGGAGGCCAGCACCCUGGAGGAAUUGGGGUUCCUGCUGUUGGCAUGGCCUUUCCUGGAUAUGUUGGUCAACCACAACUUGGCGGUCUAGGGAGUUCUGAAAUGACUUGGCUUCCUGUUUUAGCGGGUGCUGCUGGAGCGUUAGGUGCAACAUAUUGUCCGCCAUAUAUAACUGUUGAUGGUUCAUAUAAUGCCCGGCCUUCUGGGCAGGAAUCUUCCACAGCAGCUGCUUCAAGCAAAGAGAAUAGCAGUGCAACAAAAGGUCCUUCACAGAGGCCUGAUCUUGCAAAUGAUGAUUUCGGCCAGAGGCAAAAGAACCCUCGCAGAUAUACAGAGAUGAAGUUUGACCAGUGAAGUAGCUGGAUGGCUUGGUUGUCUUGGAAUAAGCAUAUAAUCAAAAAUCUUUAGAGUCCUUCAAUCUGUUGGGUGUAGCAGAGUGUUUGGGUGUGCUUUUGGUGCAGGCCUUCUUCCAAGGCCCAUUGUCUUCUCUAGUCGUUGAUCUGGAGUGCACUUUCUCUGAUAUUUUAGGUACUUGAAAACGCCUCCUGAUCCUGCUGCCUUAAUUUGAUGAACACUGCAGCUUGACAGGUUAUUGUGCAUUAGUGUUUACCUGAAUUAUGCAAGAAGAUUGUUAUGGAGCUUUCAGAAAAAGAAUAACGAGUAUUGUUGUGCAGCCGCUGCUUGCUUGCUUUAUCAAACUACGUUUCGCCUGGUAUUAUAUGGAUCUUAUUUUCUAUCCGAUCAAAGGGUUCGUUGUCUUGCAGUUUCUAGUAUUUUGGUUUGAGUUGAACUUUAUUCUCUGCAUAUGAACUACUGUUCGCCUUUGUGUAAUUGUGUUACUAAAAUGUUUCAUUUUGAUAUUUCAUUAUGUCUACAAUCUAAAGUUUAUUUAA